UAGGUAAAACUUAGAGAAAGUUUGUUGCCUCGUGAAAGUUUGUUUCCCGAACCUCCGUAAAAUACAAAGGAUAAAAGCAAAAUCCUCCGAUACAUUAUCAUCAAAUUAAAAUCAAAUUUAUGCCUCCCUCAAAACAUUCUGUAACUUGGAGGUAGCGGGGUUCGAAUCCUGCCGUAACUUUGUAAUGUCCCUCUAUAACGUAUGGUGUAUGUUCUCCAAUUUGCCGAAGGUUUAUAAGCCGUGCUUAAUAAUGAACAUACAAGCUACAUAUGCAUGUAGUCUAUUUUACUGCAUCAAUCGAACCUGCUAUGUAUUGAAGCGUUUAGUGGAAGAGAUGUAGCCUACAUCCUUUUACAACUAUAUGCCUCUUACCACGCCCCUUUAGUUGCUUGUUCUAAACUUUAGUAGCUUAUUUUCUACUUAUACAUAAUUUCUCUUUCAUCUGUUUAGUUUCGAUCUUACUUUGUCUUGUGCUAUGUUGAUGGUUGUCUUAUAGUGCUAAAUUGAAAAUGAGGCUUUUGGAAUAUUUAGUCUUCACAAUUGGCUUUUUUCACCACCACGUAAAUGCAAAGGCUUUCUGGGCUAGCAAAGAUAACGUUAAAGGAACAUAUGGCCAUAUGAAUGAAAAUUUAUAUUUGAAAGAAGUGUCUGGUGGUUAUGAGAUGCGAUAUGUACCACACGUGGAUGGAAAACCAAUUUUUAUUCCUUUUGGCGAAAAUAUUACACCGCCAAAUAUAUUAAAAGCACGACCCACAAAAAUGUACCAAAAUUACAUUCCAAAGAGUCCUUUUGAACCCAAUGUAAAACAAAAAGAAUUGCCAAGUGAACAACUAUUCCCAACAUCUGAAUAUAUAAAAAUUGGAAAAGAUUCGGAAACUAAACAAACUAAAGUGGAUCAUCCUCUUGUAAUAGACGUUGUCACAAAAGCCAAUCAUUUGAAAUAUGAUCAUGAUACAGUUACUAUUAGACCUGUAAAGAGGAAACCCGAAGUUACUAAAGCAAUUAAAAUAAAAUCUUCUGAACAUGGUAAGAAACAUCUUAAACAUAAAACUUAUGAAACUGAUGGUUAUGCUGUAAAAGAAACCCAAACAGACAGCUUUAUAAGAUUUGAUCCAGUGAAAGUACCAAAGCAUGAAGUAAAAGAAAAAACGCCAAUAAAUUAUGAAAAGAAAGAUGGAAUUUUGAUACAUCAGGACCAUCAUUCUCCUACAGAUCUAGAAAGCUUAACAAAAGAAAUCUUUGAAAAGCAGACAGAAAAUAUUAAAAAUGAAGUUAUAAAUAAGAAGCCAUUUCCGCAAUAUCAUAACGAAAAACUAGAAGCUGCAGCUCAUAAACUACAAAAAGAAUCCAUAUCAACUGGACAACUAUUCCAAGCAUCUGAAUAUAUAAAAAUGGGAAAAGAUUCCAGAACUAAACAAAUUCAUGCAGAUCAUCCACUUGUUAUAGAUGUUGUUACUAAAGUCAAUCAUUUAAAAAAUGAUCAUGAUACAGUCAUCAUUAGACCUGAAAAGAAAAAACCUGAAGUUACAAAAGCAAUUAAAAUAAAAUCUUCUGAACAGGGAUUUGAUCCAGCGAAAGUUUCAAAACAUGAAGUAAAAGAAAAAACGCCAAACAAUUAUGAAAAUAAAGAUGAAAUUUUGAUACAUCAGGACCAUAACUCUCAGACAUAUCUAGAAAGUUUAGCAAAAGAAAUCUCUAAAAAGCAGACCGAAAAUAUUAAAGAUGAAGUCAUAAACAAGAAGCCAUUUCUACAAUAUCAUAAUGAAAAACUAGAUACUAAAAUAUCAGAGGAAGAAUCUAAAUUUGGAAAUAACUAUGAAGAUAAUAAAGAUGUAUUAACAAAAAGUCAAAAUGAGAUGGAAGCAGUUGAUUACGAGGAAAUGCUUGAAAACAAAUCUAUAUUUCAUCCUAUCGAACGAGACCAGGAUUACGAUAGUCCAGUCAUCGUCGAAGCACUUGUUAAAAAGAACCAAGAUUCAGAAAAUCCUGUAAAUGAAAUGUAUGACAGCCCAGUUAUCAUAGAAGCUCUUGUGAAAAAGGAAGAUUUCACAAAGAAAUACCCAGUCAAAGACCAUUCAAUCAAAUCUCAUGAUCCCGUUGUACUUGACGCUAGGUUGAAUAAAAAUCCCAACAAGCAUAACGAAGAACACGUAAAAUACUCUACUGAAAUGGAAUAUUUUCCAAGCCAUUUAGAAAAGCUUCCUCCAAGCCAUUUAGAAAAGCUUCCUCCAAGUCAUUCUAAACAAGACAUUGAGUCAUCUGAAAGUUUUACAAAUGAAGAUCUCUUCAUCGAUGACAAUGAACAAUUUGAUGCUGGUAGUGGACUUCUAAAUGAAAGAGCUUCAGAGACAUUUUCAAAUUCCAAUUUUUGGCCAGUAUUACCAAGUUUUCUUUCUCAAGAACGUAAUAAGUUUAAAAAAUGUACGACUUCAAAUGAUGAACCCGGAAACUGUAUGCCAAUUCAAUUAUGUCCUACACCGAACUUUCAACUUACGUUGGAUGACUUAAUAAAAAAAUUGUGUCCUAUAGAUGAAUUAUUUAUUGGCAUUUGCUGUCCUGAGUUUCCAGCUGAAAUCUUAAAAGUUGAUUGGGAGAAUGUUUCAAGUAAUGAUCAAGAACCUUUUGAAACGAAAUCUGAAGAAUGUGGUAAAAUGCAAGAAGAAUCUGACACGUGGCCAUGGAUGGCACCACUCAUAUCUGUUUCAACCCGUAAGAUCUUUUGUGGUAGCAUAUUGAUAAAUCCUCGAUAUGUUCUAACUGCAGCACAUUGUACUAGAAAGAUUCCACAUAACCAAAUAGUGGUUGUUUUGGGACCUUCUUCAGAAGAUAGUAAUCCUCAAGAAUAUGAAGUUAUAGAGAUUAAAAGACAUGCUCAAUACAAUGCAAGAACGAUGCAAUAUGACAUCGCUUUGUUAAAGCUCUCAAGAAAAGUCUCAAGGCCUUUUAUUUGUUUACCUCGUGAAGAAAGUUUUGUUGGAGAGACAGCUCUCAUGCUUGGAUGGCGGGGCACUUUUACCGCAAGUAAAAUAGAAGAAAAGCUCUUAGUUCUGUCAUCAAGGGAAUGUUCUAAAGGAAUUGGCGAUAUUUUGUGUACUGAACCUAGGACAGAAGACGUCAUGUGUAAUGUUGAUUCUGGUGCUCCAUUGAUAAUAAAGCAUAAUGAAAGAUAUGAAGUAAUAGGACUUCUAACAUGGAACAGGAAUGAUUGCAAUUUUCCAGCUCUUUUUACUAGGAUCUCUCAUUUUAAGGGAUGGAUUGAAAAUCAUUCAUCUUUUUAAAUUCAAUGUUAAAUACAAUGUUUUUAAAUCCAAUGUUUUUCAAUAAAUAAUCUUCAUUUUAA